AUGGUCUCCACCACAGCAGUUCCAGAUACCACCACGGUCUCCACCACAGCCCCAGAUACCACCACAGUCUCCACAGCAGUCCCAGAUACUACCAUGGUCUCCACCACAGCAGUCCCAGAUACCACCACGGUCUCCACCACAGCCCCAGAUACCACCAUGGUCUCCACAUCAGUCCCAGAUACUACCAUGGUCUCCACCACAGCAGUCCCAGAUACUACCACGGUCUCCACAGCAGUCCCAGAUACCACCAUGGUCUCCACCACAGCCCCAGAUACCACCACAGUCUCCACAACAGUCCCAGAUACCACCAUGGUCUCCACCACAGCCCCAGAUACCACCAUGGUCUCCACCACAGCCCCAGAUACCACCACAGUCUCCACAGCAGUCCCAGAUACCACCACGGUCUCCACCACAGCCCCAGAUACCACCAUGGUCUCCACCACAGCCCCAGAUACCACCACGAUCUCCACCACAGCAGUCCCAGAGACCACCACGGUCUCCACCACAGCAGUCCCAGAUACCACCACGGUCUCCACCACAGCCCCUGACACCACCACAGUCACAAUCACUUCCCCCGACACCACCAGAGCCCCCAACACCACCACAGUCACCUCCAUGACCCCUGACACCACCACAGUCACCACCACAGUCACCACCAUGGCCCCUAACACCACCACAUUUACCACUAUUGCCACUGAUAUCACAACUGACUCCACCACUGCCACUGCCACCACUGUAGCUUCUAACACCACCACAAUCUCCACCACAGCCUCUGACACCUCCACAAGCUCCACCACAGCAAGUGACAAUACCAUGGACUCCACCACAGCCCCUGGAUCCGUCACCACGGUCUCCACAAUGGCCCCUGACACCAGCACAGUGUCCACUAUGGCUUCUGACACUACCACAGCCUUCGCCACAGCCUCUAACACCACCACAUUCACCACCAGAGCCACUGACACCACAACAGUCACUACCACAGCCUCUGGCUCCACCAUUACAGUCUCCACCACUGCCAUUGAUACCACGACAGUCACCACCAUGGCCCCUGGCAACAUCACAGUUACCAUCACAGCCGCUGAUACCACCACCGACUCCACCACUGCCACUGCCACUACUACAGCUUCUAACACUGGCACAGUCUCCACUGCAGCCCUGGACACCACCACGGUCACCAGCACAGCCCCUGACACCACCACAGCCCCUGACACCACCACAGGCUACAGCACGGCCUCUGGUAUCACCAUAGUUUCCACCACAGACACUGAUACCACCACAGUCACCACCAUGGCCCCUGACAACACCACAGUCUCCACCACAGCCCCUGACAGCACCUCAGUCUCCACCAUAGGCUAUACCACGGUCACUGAUACCACCACAGUUUCCACCACUUCCUCUGACACCACCACCGUCUAUACCACAGCCCCUGAUACCACCACAGUCUCCACCACAACACCUAAUACCACCACAGUCCCCACUAACAACAUCACAUUCUCCACUAUGGCCCCUGGCUCCAACACCACAGCCUCUGCCAUGGCCUCUGACACCACCACAGUCACCACCAUGCCCAUUGACACCACCACAGUCUCCACCACUGCCAUUGAUACCACCACAGUCACCACCAUGGCCCCUGCCAACAUCACAGUCACCACCACAGCCACUGAUACCACCACGGACUCCACCACUGCCACUGCCACUGCCACUACUACAGCUUCUAACACUGGCACAGUCUCCACUGCAGCCCGGGACACCACCACAGUCACCGGCACAGCCUCUGACACCACCACAGCCCCUGACACCACCAUAGUCUCCACCAUGGCCUCUGAUACCACUAUAGUUUCUACCACAGACACUGAUACAACCACAGUCAUAUCCACGGCCCCUGAAAACACCACAGUCUCCACCGCUGCCUCUGAUACCACCACAGUUUUCAACACUUCUUCUGAUAUCACCACAGUCACCACCACAGCCACUGACACCACCACAGUCACUACUAUUGCCCCUGGCACCAUCAUGGCUCCAGGAUCCACCACCACUGUCUCCACCACUGCCUCUGAUACCACCACAGUAUCCACCACAGCCACUGAUACCACUAAAGCUUCUAACACCACCACAGUCUCCACAGUCUCCCCUGAUACCACCACAGUCACCAGCACAGUCUCUGACAACACCACAGCCUCCACCACAGUCCCUGACAUCACCGCACUCACCACCAGACCCAUUGAUACCACCGCAGUCUCCACUACAGCUACUGACACCACCACAGUCUACACCACAGCCACUGACACCACCACAUUCUCCACUAUGGUCCCUGACACCACCACAGCCACUGAAACCACCACAGUCUCCACCACAGGCUAUACCACGGUCACUGAUACCACUACAGUUUCCACCACUUCCUCUGAAACCACCACAGUCUAUACCACAGCCCCUGACACCACCACAUUCUCCACCAUGGUCCCUGACACCACUGCAGCCACCACCAUGCCCACUGACACCACCACAGUCUACAAUACUUCCUCUGACACCACCACAUUCUCCACCACAACCCUUGACACCACCACAGCCACCACCACAGCCUCUGAAACCUCCAGAGUCUACACCACAGUCAUUAAUGCCACCACAGUCCACACCACAGCCCCUGACAGCACCACAGUCUUCAUUAUGCCCACUGGCAUCACCACAGUCACCACUACAGCCCCUGACACCACCACCACAGCCUCUGGAACCACCAAGGUCUCCACCAUAGGCUAUACCACAGCCACUGAUACCUCCACAGUCUCCACCACAGCUGCUGAUACCACCAUAGUUUCUACCACAGACACUGUCACAAUCAUGGCCCCUGAUACCACUACACCUUCUAACAACACCAUUGUCUACACCACAGCCCCUGACACCACCACAGCCACUAGCACAGCCUUUGACAUCACCACAGCCUCCAACACAACCCCUGACACCACCACAGUCACCACUACAGCCCCUGACACCAGCACAGUCUCCACCACUUCCUCUGACACCACCACAGUUUCCACCAUGGCCUCUGACACCAAUCCAGUCACCACCACGGGCUACACCACAGCCACUGACACCACCACAGUCUCCACCACUGCCUCUGAUACCACUAUAGUUUCUACCACAGACACUGAUACAACCACAGCCAUAUCCAUGGCCCCUGACAACACCACAGUCUCCAACACUUCCUCUGAUACCACCACAGGAACCACCAUAGCUCCUGAUACCACCAUAGCCACUACCAUGACCACUGUUGACAACACAGUCUCUAAUACAGCUCCCUCUACAGCCUCAAAGACCACUGCAGUGUUUGUGACCACAGUGGGCUCCACCGUAUCCUCUGGGAGCAACUUCAUCUCCAACACAGAAUCUGUGCCCACCAAGGAUUCUGCUGCAGUCUCUGAGAUCUCUACACCUUUCACGACAUUUCCUGUGACUAACCUGACCUCCACCAUGGCCUCUGCAGCCACCACAACCUCUCCUACACCAUCUGAGGUCAUUUCAAUCUCUACCACAGUGUAUGUGCCUACUACAGACUCCAUGAUAACACCUGUUCCCACCACAGACUUCACUGUGUCCUCUGAGAUCACCACAGCUUCCAGUACAACCUCUAAGCUGGUCACAGCCUCUGCUACCACGUCUGUGUUCCCGUUGACCCCCACCACACCCGAGACCACCCUAGUCUCUGGAUCCACCUCAGCCUCCACUACAGCAUCUGACAACACCUCCUUCUCUACCAUGAUGUCUGUGUCUACUAUGGCCUCAAAAGCAUCUGGGCCCUCCACAGCCUCCAAAACCACCACAGACUCUGAAACCAUCAACUCCUCCUCAGCCUCUCAGCUUCCCACAAGCUUGUCCACUUUUACUCUGUCCACUACAACAAGCACCACACUUUCUGAGACCCCAACUGUCCCACACAUGGCCUCUGAGAAGUCCACAGACUCCUUUCCAGCCCCUGGGCCCACCACGUCCUCCUCCACGGAUGGGGACACCCAGGCUUCUGCCUCGCCUUCUAGACCCACCACAGCUUCCACUUUGUCCUCAACGCCCAUCUCGGCCUCUGCUGCAGUCACCUCUAGGUCUACUGCAGGCUCCACCGGGGCCUCUGGGCCUUUCACCACCUCUGCCAUCACCUUCACGCCCACCAAGGCCACUGGCAUUUCAGCUGAAUCCACCGGCGACACAGCUGGAGCAGUGAUAACGCGCACGUCUUCCCUUCCGAUCGCUGCCUUUGCACCAGGAGCGGGCAUCCUCGGCCCUGGCUCUCCUGGGGUCAGCCGCCAGAGUGGGGACGUCCGAACCCCUCACAAGAUGCUCAGGGCCCUGGAAGGUUCCACAGUUUGGGAGAUGAACCAGUCCAUGAAGGUGGACUUGACAUUGGACAUGGAGGAGCACAAGGCCGUGGACAUGGAGUGGGCCAUGGAUUUAGCUACAACGUUGGGGGAGGUGAUGGGAUGA